AUGCAAUUGAAACUUGAUGAUGAUGACGAUGACGGUUACCAUCAAGAAAGUAGCAGCAAUAAUCCUUAUUUUCGCAAUGAAAAUAGUAAGGCGCCACAAUCAUCAGCGCCACCAGUAGCCCCUUAUAAAAGCAGUGGUAGCAAUAGUACCAAUAGUAGUACGAUAUAUAGAACGAAGCAAAAGCCUAAAUACGAUGAUAAUGCUACUCUAACAACAGCAAAAGCAGUAGCACCUAAUCUUACCGAUGGCAACCUCGUCAAUUCAGAUAGUCAUUUAAAUGGCAUAGGCGACUAUAUCUUUUUGUCACGACUAGGUGAUGGAAAAUUCAGUCAAGUUAUGUUGGCUGAACAUCAUUCAACAGGCGAAAAAGUGGCUGUCAAGAUCAUAAAUAAAAGAGCACAUCAAUAUAGAGUUAUGUACCGACUUGUACGAGAAAUACAGUUAAUGGAAGUUCUUAAUGAACACUCUAAUAUCGUCACGCUCUAUGAGACUUACGAGACAGCUGAUGCACUCUAUUUAGUCAUGGAAUAUGUGCCUGGCCUCAACCUUGAAGAUUACUUAAAGUCCAUCGCUACCAACAAUAACAGCGACAAAAAUAAAUUUGCACAUUUGGAUGAGGAAAAGGCACGCCAUAUCUUUCGUCAGAUUGUCAAAGCAGUCGAUUAUUGUCAUUCUCGUUGGGUUGUACAUCGUGACUUGAAGACGCCCAAUAUCCUUCUCACAGGCGAAAACUUAAACCAAGUUAAAAUAGCUGAUUUUGGACUGGGUAACCGAUAUGGAUUACAAAGGCUGAAAACAGUCUGUGGAUCUAUGCUUUACUAUAGUCCGGAAAUAAUUGCAGCUCGAUCAUAUAUUGGACCUGAAGUGGAUACAUGGUGUUUGGGCAUUCUUUUGUUCCGUAUGACCGCUGGAACUGAGCUUUUUGCACACGCAAAAACACCUGCUGAAUUGAAAAAGUAUAUCUUAUGCCGACAGUAUCGAUUUCCGUCACAUUUAAGUACGGACCUGCAAUUGACGAUACAAAAGUGUUUAUCAACAGAUCGGGCAAACCGGUUAAGUUUAGAAACUAUACUGAAGCAAGAUCCGUGGUUUACGAACAACGGUACGCUA